CGUUCUUUUCGGAUGUUGGCCGUGUUGGUGGAGAGCAUCAUCACAUCAUCAGUGGUGUCUGUGGCAAUUGGAGCUGUCGGGGACUAAACUGUUAACCAGCAGCUCCAAACUAACACUAGACUCUAACUAUUAAUAUAGACAAGAAAACUCUCCAGGUUGAAAAAUGUCAUUCCCAUUUGAAAUACAAGAUGUUGAGCCUGAACUCAACAAACAAUUGCUGCAGGAUUUUACUGGAGAACGGACGAAUUUCUUACAGGUUGGCCCAAAAAAAUAUUUCUUGCCUUCCAAAUACAGGGAGCAGGGUCCUGAAAUCUUCAACUUUAAGGUACGGCCUGAUGAUGUCUGGAUUGCAACUUAUCCUCGUUCAGGUACAACUUUGAUGCAAGAAAUGCUAUGGUUACUAGCGAAUGAUUUGGACUAUAAAACAGGCAAUGAAAUUCCUUUGGUUGCAAGGGCACACUUCAUCGAGUUUGGCAUCCUGGUACAUGACGAUCUGCUAGCGGAAAUUCUCAAAUUGGUCGAGGGGGAUCCUGAGAGGACAAAAAUUGCACGCGAGUUUGCUGCCAACAGGGUGCCAGUGCUAGACGAGAUGCCCUCGCCAAGGGUCAUCAAAACGCACCUCCCUUUUUCUUUGCUACCGCCAAAUUUACUUCAGACAGCAAAAGUGGUCUAUGUUGCUCGCAAUCCGAAAGAUAUGAUUGUUUCGUUUUUCCACCACAACCGGCUGCUCAGGACUCAGGGGUACAACAAGGAUUUUGCCCGCUACUGGGAUUAUUUUGAAAAAGAUUUGUUGCCUUGGACGCCUUUUUGGGAGCACAUUAAAGAGGCGUGGGAACUGAGGGAAGAGAAAAAUCUCCUUUUCCUGUUUUACGAGGAUUUGGUUGAUGAUCUACCUGGGUGCAUUAAAAAAGUAUCAGACUUUUUGGGUAAGAAAAUGACUGCAGAUGACGUGCAUAGAUUGGCAAACCACCUGCACAUUGACAACUUCCGCAAAAACCCAUCCACCAACCUGGAUGCAGAAAAUUUGCCUGGACUGAGAGUUCAAGGGGAGCAGGACUUCAUCAGGAAAGGGAAAAACGGCAGCUGGAAAGAGGAAUUGUUCACGUCUGAGCUGAUAGCUCGAGCAGACAAGUGGAUUUCAGAAAAUAUGUCCCAGAUCCCCGACUUUGCAUUUCCUACCCCUUAAACUGAAACGAUUUUUUUUAGAGACGUGGGUUUAUUAUUCCACAAAAAAGGAACAGCUUAUUCUUUAACGGUGAUAGAUUUGACAAUACCUUCCCCUAGAAUCUUGACGUCUUCCACAAACACAUCUUUGCUGAGCUCCAUCUGCUUUGGCGGCUUCGGAAUGUGUCCAUUUACAUGAGAGACCUUAAUUUGUAUUUAAUAUUAAAGUCAUGUAUCAAUAUUGAAUAAACAAAUACUUACUCUAAAUUCU